CCGUGACAACAUGACCAUUUCAGCUCACAUAACCAAAGUGUUGCGUGCAUUUGGAACUAUGGCGUGUUGACGCCGCGGAACUUAGCAACGUUGCUCAACAAGUUAACAUUUGGAAUAAUCAAAUGAUGUCACAUCCGCUGUGAAGGUCUCCGUGGUAGUGUCGGAUGCUCUCGAACACUGUCUGCUGAAUCCUCAUGCGCGUGCGGUCGUAACUUUGGACAGUGCGCGCUCAGUAUUGGCUGCACGCGGGAGCUGGCGCGGAGGAGCAGCACGGUAAUGAAUGUGGAUCUAUCCGCCCUGUUCUGUUCGGGCAUCAUCUGCCACUCCGAGGUCGCGAUAUUAACGCCAGAAAAGUGCGAUAGAGCCUUGACAGCAUGAUCCUUCUGUUCGGUGCAUUAAAUCCCCUGCUUUUCCUCAUUGUCUUCGGACUGUAUCCAUCCAUGACGAUUGGUCCCAAGGAAGGAUGGCAGGUGUAUAGUUCAGCACAGGAUGCUGAUGGACGCUGUAUCUGCACUGUGGUCGCACCGGAACAAAACCUCUGCUCCAGGGAUGCCAAGAGCAGACAGCUCCGACAGCUGCUGGAGAAGGUGCAGAACAUGUCUCAAUCAAUUGAAGUCCUGAAUCUGCGUACACAGCGCGAUUUCCAGUACGUCAUGAAAAUGGAAAAUCAAAUGAAAGGGUUACGGACCAAGUUCCGGCAAAUUGAAGAGGACAGGAAAACUACAAUGGCUAGAAACUUUAAGGAGCUGAAUGAUCGUAUGGAUGAACUCCAGCCAUUGAUUCCUGUGCUAGAGCAGUACAAAACAGAUGCUAAGCUGAUCUCACAGUUCAAAGAGGAAAUCAGGAAUCUGUCUGCCGUGCUAACGGGCAUCCAGGAAGAGCUGGGAGCUUAUGACUACGAGCAGCUCUAUCAGAGAGUCCUCAGCUUGGACAGCCGUCUACGAAACUGCAUGAGUAAACUCACAUGUGGGAAAUUAAUGAAAAUCACUGGCCCUGUGACUAUAAAGACAUCUGGAACGCGGUUUGGCGCAUGGAUGACCGACCCUCUUGCAUCUACAAGAAAUAACCGGGUUUGGUAUAUGGACACUUACACCAACAGCAAGGUGGUUCGAGAGUACAAAAGCAUCGCAGACUUUAUCUCUGGCUUGGAAUCGCGAACCUAUUACCUUCCCUUUAAAUGGGCUGGAACCAACCACGUGGUCUACAAUGGCUCUCUGUACUACAACAAGGAGCAGAGCAACAUCAUUGUCAAAUACAGCUUCGAGACCGGACGGGUUCUCGCCCAGCGUGCCUUGGAGUACGCCGGCUUCCACAAUGUCUAUCCCUACACCUGGGGAGGCUUCUCGGACAUCGACCUGAUGGCGGACGAGCUGGGUUUGUGGGCUGUAUAUGCCACUAAUCAGAACGCAGGAAACAUUGUGAUUUCUCAGUUAGAACCGCAGACGCUGGAAGUUCUCCAGACGUGGAACACGGAAUACUCCAAAAGGAACGCAGGCGAGUCAUUCAUGAUCUGCGGCACGCUAUACAUUACCAAUUCCCACCUGACCGGAGCCAAGGUGUAUUAUUCCUACAACACAAAGACCUCGACGUAUGAGUACAUUGACAUCCCGUUCCACAACCAGUACUUUCACAUCUCCAUGCUCGACUACAACGCUCGAGAACGGGCGCUUUACGCCUGGAACAAUGGACAUCAGGUCAUUUUCAACGUCACGCUUUUUCAUGUCAUCAAAACCGAAGACGACUCCUAAUGGACUUAUGGAUAAAAGAAAGAAGGACAAAUCAGUUUGAAUUUAUGCUGUUAUUUUCUACUCAUUCUUUUCCCAAAGUAAAUGAGAUAUAUUGCCUUUACUUCACCAUAGACUGCAGUCUGAGUCAAACAUCAUCUUGCUGUGACUGAUGACACAUGAAGACUUGAUGAUGCAACGCCAUUACAAACAAAAUGAUUUUGAAGUUCUUUUAUUCAUCUGCUCAUAGCUGCUCUGAAAGUUGGGCCUUACUUGCAAUAUUUCACAACGUGAGCCACAGACGGAUUGCUCUACUGCAUGAAUGUCUGAUUCUUUUGCCAAUUGUUAUCCGUUAUGUGGUCUUUGUAUAUCAGAAAUUCCAUUUUCUCAUAUAGUGACGUGUUUUUGGCGACUUUGAUUUCCCCAGACUCUCCUGGUAAUCUAAUGUUGUGUCAAGUUUAGUUGUACAAACUGUAGAGCCCUGAAUAUGAACCUAUGUAAACGAUUGUAAAAUUCAUUGUCACUGUGAGAGGAAAUAUUUUAUAUUAAAUCUAGAACAAAACAAUAAAUCAACUGGAACCAAGCCACAAAUCUACAUCCAUAAAUGUAAACAACAGAACAGAAAAGGGCCGUGUGCGACAGAACAAUUUCGUGGGAAUUCAGCCUGAAAUCAGAGGGGGUUAUAAUGAGGUCAUUUGCUGAUGAUUGUGACAAGCCAGACUGCGGUUGCAUUUGAAUGACUUUGAAUGCUGUCCUUUGGCAUUUUCAAUCAAGAUCAAGGGCACAUGAGCUGGAAGGGGAUGAUUCCAACUCCUCUCUGCAAUUUCCUCUCCCUUCGUAUCUGCUAGGGCACUGGGAAUUUAAAUGCACUUUUACCACCAUCAAUUCUGCGCUGGGAAUAGAUCACCCAUAGGGAUUUACUACUGCUGUUUCCUCUUAUCAUGAAUAUUUCUUGCGACAUAGUCUUGCAGCAUAUCUGCUAGCAGAAAGUUUAAAUAGCUUUUUAGCUUUGAUGUUUAGGGAAUUUUUUUUAUUUUUUCCAAACUUAAUUUUAAGUAAUUUUAAGUAUUUUUUUUAACUUGGAGAACUAUUCAUUUAAAGCUGAAAAUGCAAUAUUUUUCCUAUAUUUCUACCCCUGCAAUAUCUGUGAAACAGUCACCUGCCGAUUUCAGUUUAGGCAACGGAGUGUAUUUUGUUCCACACUGCAGCUCAUUUAAAAUUCCAGAGAAUGUGUGAAAAAAAAUGAAAACUUCUGUGGGAUGCCAUACUAUUUCUAUUCUCCAUCCUUUCACAGAUAUUUUUAGAUCCAUUUUACUCCUUUCUCUGUAACCCACUAGAAAAACUUGCCCGUGGAGGAAUCUCAAAUCC